UGACCCUCCCUUUUCCAUAACCCAUCCAACCUUCUCUCUGUGAGCUGAGAGAGAAGAAAAAAAAGAAAAAGAAAAAGAAAAAAGAAAACAUUUACACGCAGAUUGUGAUAUCAUGUUAGAGCAAAGCACUAUAAAUGACUCUUCCUUGUCCUCUCUGCUUAUUCUGCUUCCUUCUUCUUAACUCAAUUCCAUCUCUUUAGCUUAUUUUUCAAUUUCUCACCUUCAUUUCCGAUCAUUUAUAUAAAUAUAUAUAUAUAUAUAUAUAUGUAUGUUUAUCUUAUAUAUGUAGGCACCGACAAAUCUCGAUCUUUCAGCCGGACUUGAAUUUCAAGUUUGAAAUCUUUUGGCCUUUUUGGCCAACUGGGUCGGUCUGUUUUUGUGUUUAGAAUCGUGGGUUCGAUCUGGUUUUUCGAUUGGAUUGUUGGGUUUUGGUUUUUCUGAUUAAAUUUUUGGGUUUUGUUGUAUUGAAAUGGUCUAUUUCCAUAGCUCAAUCUCGGUCUGCAAGUCUGUUGACCAACAAGCCACCACAGCUAUGGCUGACACUAAAUCAAGGCACGGUAAUCCUUUAUCUAGAAAUAGAAAGGCACCCAAUUCGCCAAAUUACUCCAAAAUCAUUCCCGGUUGUGAUCGAUCUCGAUCGGCUGUCAUAGACAUAGUGAUUUUUAUUGCUGUGAUUGGUGCUUGUGGGGUUUUGUUGUUCCCUUAUGUGAAGUUUGUGGUAGUUGAGGUUGUUAAGAUUGCUGGGGUGGUUGUUUGUUUGGUUAAAGAGGAAAUUUCUGUUGCUCCUAUUAUAUAUGUUUCAAUUGGAGUCAGUAUUUGUUCUGCAGCAUUGGUUGCCUGGUUGGUUUUGACAUGGACUAGUAGGAAAUGUGGGAAUCCGAAUUGUAAGGGACUAAGGAAGGCGGCCGAGUUCGAUAUUCAGUUGGAGACAGAGGAUUGUGUGAAGAAUAGUACUAAUUUGGUGAAUGGUAACAGCGGUGGCGUUGGAGUGAAGAAGGGUCUAUUUGAAUUGCCACGUGAUCACCACCGUGAAUUGGAGGCCGAGCUCAAGAAGAUGGCGCCGCCUAAUGGAAGAGCAGUUCUUGUUUUCCGGGCAAGGUGUGGAUGUUCUGUUGGGAGAUUGGAGGUCCCGGGACCAAGGAAGCAUCGAAAGAUCAAAAAGUAGGAUUUUGUGUGACCGGUUUAACACAAUAGGGAGGAUAUAAUCAGAAUACAGGAAUAGCCAUUAUGCAAAGAGGAGGGCAGGGACUUCUCUAGUUAAUCUUAUUUUUCUGAACUAUGUUGUCUUUAAAUAAGCAUAUGGCAAUAAAUUGUAAGGAUGAUAUACGGAUGGUUAUAGUGGGGAAUAUAAGAAUCCUUUUUUAUUUAUUAGAUUUA